ACAUUUGAAUAAAUUAAAACAAACCACACAUUUCAGGAAGAAACGAAAAGCUAGCGUGGGUGUGCUCUUACAAAGGUUUUCUUUCGGCAAGAAAACCUUAAACCAUAUAACUUACCCAUUGUCAAACCAAGAAGAAAUGAUCUCUUUGUUACAUCGACUGUGAACCAUGAAAAAAACAACAAUUCAUGAGUAAGAUGAUAUUAAUUUGCGGUAUACAGUUAGAGAAAUUAAAUACAUGUCAUAAAAAAUGGGGUUUCAUAAAUAUUGCUACGAUAAAAACAAAAAGAAUUGUGGAACUUUGUCAAGUCUCGAUGCAGCAAUAUCGCGCAUCUUUUACAAAAUGGCGGACGCUAAUGCUGACGAGAGUAUAAAUAAAUCAGAUAAAUCACAUGAAGUAGGAGAUAAAGAACAAGCAGAAAAACCUACAAAUGAAGAAAAAAGUACUUCCAAAGAAGUAACAGUUAAAAUCGAUGUUUUGCUAAAAGCUGCUGGCGAUGCACCGAUCAUGAAGAAGAAGAAAUGGGCAGUCAGUGGAAAUAAAACCGUUGCUUUUGUGGUUGAAUUUAUUAGAAAACGAAUAAAAUGCUCCCCAGCGGAAUCUUUGUUUCUCUAUGUCAACCAGUGCUUUGUGCCUUACCCAGACCAACUCAUCCAGAACCUUUAUGAGUGUUUCGGUGCUGAUGGAAAGUUGGUUCUGUACUACUGCAAGACUCAAGCUUGGGGAUGAUUAAAAAGAUUAAUAUUUUCAGCUGUUCAAUUGCUACUGCGGUUGCCUAGAAACGAAGAGUUGAAACAAAAAUCUCAAAAAGAGUAAAAACUCUUUACUGUGUUAGUAAACAAUGUAUAUACUUAUCAAUUGCACACAAAUUUGUAAUAUAAAAAGCUCUUUAAA